AUGUGGAUCUCCAAGCUGUGCCUUCUCCUUCGCCAACUCAAUCCUCCACGCUUUGCUAAAAUGUCACAUACGUGUCAUCAUUCUUCGCUUUGUUUUUCGCCUUCUGCGUAUGCAGCUGCGACAAGUUACAAACGCCCGGGCGAGCGACAGCGAGUUGCUGCCACAAAGUCAAACAUUCGAAUCUUCUCGGGACAAGACAAACACUUCCUAGAUGGGGACUCGCGGGUUUUCCCUGCUCCCCUGAUUCUCCCUGGUGACGAUCUCGCUGGCGAUGCAGAGGAAUCCCAAAGCUUCCAGGCAUGGCUUGAUGGAGAAACCCGUAAUCCUGUCAACGCGAAAAAGAAGACGAUAUAUGUGGUUUCCUCUCCUCAGAUUGAACCCGGCCUUGAAUUUGUGCGAGAAUGGACAAAACCAAAGGGUUCUACCAAUGAGCCCCAAACAAAAGCGCCCAGCACAGAAGAUAUCAAAGGAUAUCUGGCAGCUUUCUACCAUGGUCUGCCAGUCAAGAUGAUGCCGCCAUCUGCGUUGUCCAUAAUGCCAUGGGAGAAAACCAAGAAAAGAACCCGAAAGCCUAUCUCUCGAGAACAGUACCUUGGGCUGAAUAUUGGUGAUGAAUGCGUCCGAAUUCGGGCACGCACUUGCCCAGAUGGAGUAUAUGGUGGUCAGUUCAACUUGGACGAUCUUCUUGAUGCCGCCAUAAGUAUUCUGCCCAAGGAUGCAUACGCCUUGAUACUACUUGUGGAUUUUGAUCUCUACGAAGACGAAGAUGAUGAGUUUGUCUGUGGGCGUGCAUAUGGUGGAAGUCGGGUCGCAGUGGUCUCUAGUGCGAGAUAUAACCCCAGCCUGGAUGACAUACAGCAAGUUGAGCGCAUUCAUGCUUGGCCUGCCUCGCAUUGUGUCGAUUAUAUAUCAUCAUGUGUCUCGGCAGAGCCAGUCUUAAAGAAGCACAAGACGCGGAUUGAUAGCAAAUCGAUGCACAAGUCAAUGCCAACACUCGACGGACCAAUGAAAGAUGCAGUUUUGGCCUACCAAGAUCUCCCGGAUGUCGGUUCUACUCCUUCACUGAUGUAUGCACUUUGGUUGGGCCGGAUGUGUCGCACGGCGAGCCACGAGCUGGGUCAUUGCUUUGGGAUUGCUCAUUGUGUGUACUAUGCGUGCUCGAUGCAGGGGACCGCGUCUAUCUGUGAAGAUGCCAGGCAACCUGCUUAUCUUUGUCCUGUAGAUCUCACUAAGCUGUUGCACGCCACAGGCAGCUCUGCUUAUGAGCGGUAUGAGGCCCUUCUGGCGUUCUGUGAACGGCCGAAGAAUAUAGACACACAUUUCUUUGGGCCAUUUGCUGCUUGGAUUCGAAGCAGACUCCGCCUACUUACUUAA